UCACGGCCCGGCGGAGUGGACGACGUGAGUGUGCGUACGUGAGCCUGUCAAAGCCGACGCCGGUCGCACAGAUGCUGCUCACCUCGCCUGCUAGUCUCUGACGGGAACAACUCGGGGACGAAACCGCACAUUGUGGCAACUACUAUUGUUUUUAGAUAUAUCUCGCGAAUACACUGAAGAUGCAGUCCCAGGGCAGCACGUCAUCGCAACCCUCCUUCGACUCCCUGAGCUCCAGCGACAGCCUCCUGUUCAGCGACUUGGACGACACUGACGUAUUCCUGACCGACGCGUCCUCCUCGUCGGCGCUGCUGGACACUGCGGAGAGCACACCGGCCGCCGCCAACGCCAGCCGGGCGUCCGACAGCCCCGGGUCACAGUGGGCGUGCGACGGGUUCAAAGAUGAAGAAGAGGACGCAUACUCGGGCGACAUGGCGCCACCUGAGGUUCCAAAAUCGGAGGGAGACCUGCUGUUUGCCCAGAAGUGUGCUGAGCUCCAGGGUUUUGUCAGGCCCCUGAUGGAGCUGCUAAAUGGGCUGAAGAAAGGCCGGUUCGAUCGCGGUCUAAGUAGUUUCCAGCAGAGUGUCGCCAUGGAUCGCAUCCAGCGAAUCAUAGGCGUUUUACGGAAACCAAACUGCGGGGAGAAGUAUCUGAACACGCUUCUGCAGGUGGAAAUGAUGCUGAAGGUGUGGUUUCCCCAUAUCUCCACUCAACCGGUCUCUGCCGCCUCUAGCGUUGCCAAUUCGCCCGCCCGCUCCCUCCAAGACGCGACGGGCACCACGCCGCCACACAAGCACAGGGAUCAGCUGCAUAUCCCGGUUAAGAAACGCCGACUCAGCUGGACGGGAACUGAGUCUCCUACGCCUUCUCCGGGGCUCCCCAAGUGCCCUCGCCUCAAUGCACAAGAGAAGAAGAAGCAGGACGAGAGUGGAGAAGAAGAGGAAGACAAAGAAGGAGGCAGGUCCCCUCCUCCUUCGUCCUCAUCUUCACACCAAAUUUCCCCAACCGCCGGGCCAAAGGGAAACGACAGCGACUGUGACGAUUCGGGUAAGCCGACAGACUACAGAACGGGUCGGGGGUCCGAGCCCAGCCUCACGUGGGUGCACGUCGCCCCCAUCCCGUCUCCGCGGAAGACUGGCUCGCCGACAUCGAGCGGCGACGAGAACGGGCCCGGCCCGGCCACGCAGGACAGCGCAGUCUCUUCCACUACGCCCCCCAAGCACAGCAAAAAUCAAAAGAAAUCCGCACGCUGCCAAAGUCAACCUGUCACCGAGCAGGGCGACGACACCCGCCAAGGUCCUAGUCGGGUUGUCAAGCCUUUAAACCGGGUUGGCCCCGCCCCCGCGGAGACUUGAGAGCCUUAGGAAAGAAGAGACGAGAUCGGAGGAAGUCUACGAACGCUGCCUGAGGAAAAUCAAACGCGUGUGGAUAAUCACAAAUAGGUGUGCGAAGAAAUAACGGAGGACUUUUCGUACGCCAUCUGCUCCUCCUUGACUAUGUGUUGUGCGCAACGGGUCUGCCAUCUUGGAUAGCAAACCGCGGCAUACCUAGUAGGACAAAAUACAAUAGAUUGCAUAUAUUAAGGGAUAUUAUCUUUGAUAUUGAUUUAACAUCCUCUCAAAAAGAGUUCAAUGUUAAUGGUUUUUAAGCGGUUUAUUACACUCCAAAUGACGUCAACUCUAAAGCUAAAGAUAAAAAAAGCUAAUUAUUAUGUAUAUAUUUGAGGUCGACAAAUGCAGAUGCCAUUACCGAUAUGUAUAAAAAAAAAAUUCAGCCGAUAGCCGGUAUACUUUUUUUUUUUUUUUUUUUUUUUUUAAAGCACGGAGAUAAUGAAAGGCAAUUUUAAAAAAAAUGCUUCAACAACAACAAAACUCACAACGAUGACCUGAGACUUAAAGGAUUAAUUUGGUCUAGUAUUACCAAACCAACAAAUGCAGCACUUCUUUUUAUAAUUAUUCGCACUCAGCAAGAAUAGUACAUGAUUUUCAAAUAAUUAAACCCACCAGGAUGUCUCAAUCAGAUGUGAACAAGUGAGUUUAAAACGAGGCUCGCCAUGCUAACACAAAUAAUAUGCUAAUGCUAUGAGUUACAUUUAGAGUAAGGAUCACUAUGGAAACACCUUAAAAGGCUAAAGCAGUAUUGCAUAUUCUCUCAUGCGAGAUAAAAAAAAAAAAUCUUACAAUAUUUAAAAAAAGGCAAGCCAGAAGCUUCCUGUAGCAGCCUGCCUUCAAGCCAAUACUACCUGACUGCGUCCGACACCCGCUACAAACAACGCCCACAUGUUACGGUAGAUAUCACAUGUAUAUAGAACUAGAUGUGAAAUGACAGACUCGGCGGCGUGAGUAAACAGCCGCCAUUUUGAAGCAAUAGACUUCUCAGGAAGGCUCUUGUGGCGAACCUUCCUAGUGAACCUAAGUAACUUUUUAUCUAAAAUACUCCUAAAUCAGCAAAAUCUUGACUUGAAUCUAUCUCUAAAUGAUGAAACAAAACUUACACAUGUCGAAAGUAGACAGAAGGUAAAUAAUGCAAUAACUGGAGCAAUUCUAAUCACUUUUAACGGUUUAGUCACAACAUUACUUAACUUUCAAACAUAGCAAAGGUUAUGGUCUCGUUAUCGCAAUAUCUGCAAUACCAUUGUGUCUAGUAAAGUUUAGGGUAAAGAAUUGGGCAAGAGCCUAUUGUCCCCAAAACCCUAUGAACUUCACAUAGUACAAUGAACAAUUUUUUUUCACCAUCGUACCAACAGCAUGCGUGGUUUGGAGGGGCGUAGUUUGUAUGAGGCGUGGUUUGUAGUGUGGUUGCAGCUGCAGUCAGACCCUUCUUCAAGCUGCUGCAGGGUCCUUCCGGGGUCCUACUGUCAGUCAGCGGCAGCCACAGUUGCCCACACAGAUGCCUGAUCUAAAUCCGUUUUUAUCAGAUUUUUUUUUUGUUGAUCGGCCGAUGUUAGAAAAGACUCCAUAUAUCGGCCAGCCAGAUUUAAUUGUUCUUUUUAGUCAUUUUUUCUUUUAACAUUUUACCAAGUCAUAAUCCCGUUUAGUCCUAAUUAAACAAUCAUAAAAUUAAUAAUCAGGUAGGCCACACUUGUAUAGCAAAAUGUCAAUAUUGUAGCCUACAUGACUCAAAAUGUGAUGUAUGCGGAUGUCAAGCCUUUGAGAUUUUUAUUAUUACUACCCAAAAAAAGUAAAACCGGUCCUCAAGAGCCGUAGUGGGUCCUGGUCUUGGUUCCAGCAGAUCCAGCAAAGACAGUUUAACCAAUGAGGUUUCUGCUGGAACAAGAAACACCUGACUGUGAUCAACUGAUUGCGCUCGCAAGACACCAGAUUGUUGAAAAGCUUUCCUCUUGAUGUGUUAGAACGGAAACCCACUGUGGCCCUUUGUGGAAUAGUUAGCCCACCCCUGCUGUACAGGGUGAAAUGAACCUGGAAAAACUGGGAAUCUAUCUAUCCUACUCAAUAAGACAAAAUAUAUUUUUUAUAUUCCAUUCUUGGCACGCAAUUGUCCCCUUCCCAAGAUGGCCGACCCGUUCCGCAUGCGCAGGACACGUAACGUUCCUGAACGCGUACUUAUGAGGACUGCAAGAAAACUUGAAAAGCUCAAAAAAGACUGACUGAACCACUUCCUAUCACCGGAGGAAGUCGCUGAUGAUGUAACCUUUUACGGGUUGUAGAUAGACACAACAAGAAAAAAAGGAAAAUCAAGCGUACGCAAUGAAGCAUCCAUACUGUAGCGAACGCCCGUCGCGUUCCAACACAUCGGAGACUGUGGGACGAAACGAUGUCAUCAACUCACGAAUGUAAGCCAAGAACGAAUCGCCGCGCCGCCGGAACAACGCCGACGGUUAAUUUAUCUGCAUUUUAUUUAUUCUACUUUGUAUUUAUUUAACGGGCAGCUGAGGAAAACGCACACAGGGGCCGUCGACCUUUUUUAUGAUAUUGUUGACACGUGUGUUUUUCUUUCUCUCAUCAAGAAGCAGGAAGUUUUGAACUGUCGGACUACUGUGCCUUUUACCAAAUAGGAUGUGUUUAUUUUUGUUUUUCAAGAGAAGCAAUUGGUGCUUAGGAGUGCACUUUGAAUGAAUUUUGAUUGUUUGCUUUCACACAAAAACAACACAUCUUGACAGUAGUCACCUUUAACUUUCUUCCAACAUAAUCACACUCUAUCGUUAGCCUGAAAUCGAGCAUUGACCGCGAUAGGCGUCUGAUCCGAGCCAAUCGGUUGGACGUCUAUCACGGUCAAUACGCACGCGCUAAUGCAGGUUAACACCUUCCGCUAAUCAAACCCAGUCUCCAACGGUAUUUCCGCAAACAAGCCGCCAGCCUUUUUCUUUUGCUCCGUUCGGUUCCGAGCCGAAUCCAAGGAGCCGCACUGAAGGUUGGCGUUGAGAAACUUGAAAAAUGAUAGCAAAAUGUAAACAUUAGGGAGGAAGCGGUCUUGACUGGCAAACCGCACCGGACGACCAAUUCAUGCAAAAGUCUUGUAAAUAUUUCUACAAAACUAUUUUUCAAAGUAUUUCCAUUGAGCGAGGACGUAGCAGCCACAGAGCCACAGGCAGCCUCCAUGCAACCGCCUUUAUUGUUAUUGUUUUAUUUUUCAUUUGAAGCUUUUUAAUCAGGAUUUUUUUGGUAAUGUUUUAAACUUCUUUUUUUGCGAUAUACAGUACAUUAAAAAAAAAAAAAUCCCUUUUUUUGUUAUGGUCAAAAUUUGUUUCUUGGAUUACAUUGGAUUAUUUGUAAUUGUUUAGUUUUUUUCCCCCAUCAUUUUUUAAAAUUUGAUUAAAGUUUGUCAUUUUGAGUUUUAUUUCAACUUUUUUUGUUUUUUACACUUUUCUUACUUUUGUUGUAAUAAUUGGGUUUGAAUUCAUUUUGAGGUUGUUUUUUUUUUUUUUUUU